AUGAGAGUGUUAGUGAUCCUUGGCUACACUUCAUCUUCAAUCUCUACUCCCCCAAACCCAAACCCAAACCCUAAUCCCAAUGGCCACCGCUCCACCAAACCCUACAAACCCCCAAUCCCUAAGCUCUCUCCCUCCUCCAAACCCUCUCCUCAAAUCUCCACCGUCCAUUCCCGCCCUCCGCCUCUCUUCGCCGGCCGCUGGGACCCCCGCAACACCCACCUCUCCUACUUCGCCGACCUCGCCUCCAAGCUCGCCCGCGACGGCAAACUCCCCGACUUCGCCAUGGUCCUCGAGAGCGUCGUCGUCUCCGGCGUCAAGCCCUCGCAAUUCGCCGCCGCGCUCAAGCCCGACAUGGUCUCCAGGGGCAUUUCCGGGUUUCUGAAGGCGGGGAAGGUCGGGGAGCUCGUGGAGGUUUUGAUCAAAGCUGAGGAGCUCGGGUUCCGGCCGCUGGAGCUGUUUGAUGGCGGCGCUAUGGAGUUGCUCCGAGCACAUUGUCGCCGCCUCUUGAAAUUGAAGCAAGUUCAGGAGCUUGUUGAGAUCAUGGAGGUUCUUUCUGGUUUGCAUUUCCCACUCAGAGAAUUGGUGGAGCCAUCUGAAGUCAUCAAAGUAUGUGUGGAUAGACGUAGUCCGAAAUUGGCCAUCAGGUAUGCCUGUAUAUUUCCACAAGCGCAUAUGUUAUUCUGUAACAUUAUGUAUGAGUUUGGAAAGAGGAGGGCGUUAGCGCCUGCUCUGACAGCAUAUGAAGCAUCCAAGGCAAAAUUGAGUGGCUCUAAUAUGUACAUCUACCGCACAAUUAUUGACGUCUGCGGUGUCUGUAAAGACCACAUGAAAUCUAGGUACAUUUACGAGGACUUGCUCAAACAGAAGGUCAUUCCAAAUAUUUAUGUUUUCAACAGUCUGAUGAAUGUAAACUCACAUGAUCUGAGCUACACAUUUCAUGUAUACAAGAGUAUGCAGAAACUUGGCGUCGCAGCAGAUUUGGCAUGUUACAAUAUUCUUUUGAAGGCAUGCUCUCUUGCUGGAAGAGUUGAUCUAGCACAAGAUAUUUACAGGGAAGUACGACAUUUGGAAUCCACAGGGGUGUUGAAAUUGGAUGUCUUCACUUACAGUACAGUUGUAAAGGUCUUUUCAGAUGCAAAAAUGUGGCAUUUGGCUUUGAACGUCAAAGAAGAUAUGUUAUCAGCAGGUGUAAUGCCAAAUACAGUUACAUGGUCAUCAUUCAUUAGUGCCUGUGCAAAUGCAGGUCUUGUUGAUAAGGCAAUCCAAUUGUUCGAAGAGAUGCUCCUGGUCAGCUGUGAGCCUAAUUCACAGUGUUUUAACAUUCUUCUACAUGCUUGUGUUGAGGCUUGCCAGUAUGACAGGGCUUUUCGCCUUUUCCAUUCUUUUAAGAGUAAUAAACUUCAGGAAACUUUUGGCAAAAACUACAAAGGUAGUGCAGGUAGCAGUUCAACUGGAGCAUACUUUGCACUUUCAAAUACUAUUAUGUUUAACAUACCUCUAAUUAUACUUCCAUCUAACUUUACUGAAGGGCUUUCUUUUACACCUACAAUUACAACAUACAAUACUUUGAUGAAGGCCUGUGGAUCUGACUAUUACCAUGCAAAAGCACUGAUGGAUGAGAUGAAAACAGUAGGUCUUUUACCUAAUCAAAUAACCUGGUCGAUCUUGGCUGAUAUCUGUGGAAGCUCGGGGAAUGUUCAGGGUGCCUUGCAGAUCUUGAAAAAUAUGCGUGUAGCUGGCAUCCAACCUGAUGUUGUUGCCUAUACAACAGCCAUCAAGAUCUGUGUAGAAAGUGAAAAUUUGGAGUUAGCAUUGUCGCUAUUUUCAGAAAUGAAGAAAUAUCAGAUCCACCCAAAUUUGGUGACUUAUAAUACACUUUUGAGGGCUCGUAGUAGAUAUGGUUCUGUAAGUGAAGUACAACAAUGCCUGGCCAUAUAUCAGGACAUGCGGAAAGCAGGUUACAAGCCCAAUGAUUAUUACCUCGAGCAACUAAUUGAGGAGUGGUGUGAAGGAGUUAUACAAGACAACAUCCCGAAACAAGGCGAGUUCAGUUACUUGGAAAAAGUUGACAUAGGAAGACCUGGAAGUCUGCUUCUAGAAAAAGUUGCAGAACACUUGCAACAACAUAUUGCUGACACUUUAGCAGUUGACCUUCAAGGACUUACAAAGGUUGAAGCUCGGAUCGUAGUUCUUGCAGUUCUGCGAAUGAUCAAAGAGAACUAUACCUUAGGAGAUGGUGUAAAAGAUGACAUGUUGAUCAUGGUGGGAGUCCAUGAUGAGGGUGAUGGAUCAACAGCUAACAAUUUAGAGGUCAAAGAAGCAAUAACCAAGCUUCUACAGGAUGAAUUGGGGCUCAAGGUUCUUUCAACAGUACCUAAAGUUGCACUUGAUACCACAUUAGUAUCCGAAAAUACAAUAGAUUCAGAUCAAAGUUUGGAAGAAAAUCCAGUAAGGAAUGAAUUGCAGUCGGAGUUAGUUUAUUACACUAGAAGACCCGUGGUUUUGGAAAGGCUGAAGGUAUCCAGGAAAUCAUUGCAACAAUGGCUUCGAAAAAGAAGUUCCUCUAGCCCUCUAGGAGGUGAUUGAUUAUGAUGCAA